UGCCCCUUUGCGCAUAAACCUUUUUACUAUUUUGCCGAUAAAAUGGCCACUGCUGCCGGUGGUUUGCCCCUUAUUCCACUAUCUCCGACGGCCAAGGCAUCGACUGUAUGUGCGAACGCCCUUUCGAAAGCCACCGACCGUCUGGCUGUAGCGAAACAAGAAAACCCUCCUGUCCCAGUGGGAACGUUAAGAAGGCUCAUUGAAGAUGUACGAGUGGAACGACAUAAAUUGGAUCAUUUGACCCGUCAGAUGAAAUCGGUGGAGGCAGCCACCGUCUUCAACUGGGACCCCGACGUUCUGGCCAAACAAAUUGCUGUCGUUGACUGUCAACUGUUUGAGCACGUUAUCCUUGAAAAGCGUCUGUUAUGUCAGGCCGAUAAAAAGUCUUCCGGUGUAUUGCAUUUACUCGACUUCCAUCGUUACCUUUCGCACAGUUUCGCUCAUCAACUUAUCUACUGGGCGGAGCUUACCAAAAGCGGGACCACCGUAUCCGUCGUACCACCCGUCCACCCCAAAGACAAUUUGAUCUCUCACCUGGUGAAGGUUGCUUAUUUGUUAUUGCAUGCUUAUCGCGAUUUCUCCGGUUUUGCAGCCAUCAUGAAGGCCCUGAUGAUGCCGGAGGUACGACGUAUCCGAAAGCUGUGGCAUCACUGCUCUUCGAGAACCAAGGAGAUGUACCGUGAAUUAGCGACCGUUGUCGCUCCCGCCAACCAGUAUCACGUUUAUCACGAAAUGCUUCGGCAAAAACUGAAUAUUUUUUCCCGUGAUCGCCAACAGCGACAUACCGGGGUGAUGGUCGCCAUUCCUUGGAUGAAGCCGCAUUUGGAAUCAAUUCAAUCGAUCGUUACCGCCUAUGCCGCCGGUGGCAACGAAGAUGCCUUGCGUGCCAUGGCUGCCAGUCCUCAAGACACGCCGGAAAUCGUCUUGUCAGCACCGGGCGCACGGAAACUGGCGGUGACGGUGGCGCUAUUGGAACUUUGUCAACAUAAUUCAACCACCGAGUCCGCGGACCUUAUUGAAGAUGAGCUCGGAUUGACCGCAUCCACCACGUCCACCAACAAAAGGGCUUCCAUGGCAACCAAGCCAAUUCACAUUGAAGGAUUACGGGCAUCAGUCGUUCCGGUUCCCGAUUUAACGCGGUUGGCUCCAGGCGAUGCGUUGGUGCAUCAUUGGUUGGUUUCACGCGUCUAUCUGCGGAAAGAUCAGUUAACCGAUGAAAGUAUUGAAGUGGAACCUCUUCUACCUGGAGAACAACUAGAAUACAACCCUCACGAUGAGGAUGAACAAUAUUUGCAGGACCUCGCUAUCUCGAUGUCACCUCCCCGAGCCUCUGUCCAUCCAGAAACGGAAACCGAUGCUCAUUCGGUCGAACUAUCCCCAAUACAGGGUGUCGAAGCUUCAGCAAGUUCCCGUCCGCUUACUUUGACAGCAGCCGAUGUUGAAAAGGAGUUGACCACCAACAAAGAUGAUCAGGAAAGCCAAGAUUCAUCCACAGACUGGGACGGUGGCGACGGUGGCGACUUCACUGAUGAUGUGAUUGUUCCCGAUCCUUUACCCCCCAACGAUACCAUGCCUUCCGUUCUGUUUCAUGAACGCGGAGAUUCCCCGAUGACGCCUUCCGAAGACAAAUAUGCAAAGCCUGCAUCUGUGCCACCCACGGACGGAUCUACGGAUAUUGCCAUCUUGUUACCAGCAGAAGAAGAACAGCAACCCUCCCCACCGUCAGUGACAUCGGAGCAUCGAGAAAUCACCACUGAAGCACUUGCAUCGACGGCUCUGCGCAAAGAAACACCUACCGCAUCGGCAUCCGACGAAAAUACCGUGAACGAUGCAGAUCAUCCAAGUCCUGAAGAGGAUAAAAUGAUGACUGAGUCGCCGGCCAUCGAGCGACAGAGAGAGAAGAGUGUGACUGGUCAAUCGAUGACCACCGUUUCGUCGCAGCAAGAUUCAGCCACCAGUAAACAAACCAAAAAAUCACGUCUCUCUCCAACCGCGCCUGAAUUUGUUCCAUCAAAACUGACACAACCUCUGCUUUCACCUCAGAGUGCGCAUCAUCCACGGGGUCAUGGUCUAUCUAGCAUUACGACUUCACGGGCUUCUUCCAUCAAUGGGGCUCAGAAAGAUGAUGACAACGAAUCAGAGAAAUGGCAUGGUUACCCCGGUCCUGAACCUCAGCAUGGAUUUGCCAAACACCUGAAUGGAAAUAUCGAUCAGCCAUCGGAUGAGGAAGACGAGGAAGAGGUUUGGAAAGGCUAUCCAGGUCCUACAGAGAGCACUGGAAGUCAGGGUAGCCCUCGACGGGGCUCGUCGCAGUCAGAGACGUCGGAAGAAUGGAAGGGCUAUCAUGCAUCAAAACAGGAAGCGCAUUGGAAAAUGGAAAUCAGGCUGCAAGUACAAGAAGAUGAUUGGCAAGGUUAUGCUUUCGAGACUUUGAACGAAGAUGAACUUGAUUCGAGCACCAUGAUGGAUGGCGAGCUUGAAAAGUCGCGACAGGCUCGUGGCGCCCCCGGCCAAGACCCGCUCGAAUCAUUCAAACGAAAUCAACUUCCAAAUAACACGGUACCAAAGCUUGCCAGCAACGAGAUUCAAAAUGGCAUAAAUCACGUACGAUAAAGAAAAAGGUCUCUGUCCAAUGAUGGAUUAACUCAGUCAUUUGCACCGACAUUUAAAGGCAAAACAAUAACAUAGCAUAUUAUACCCAAUUCGAUCAUCAAAAUUCUUUAAUAUUAUCUAUUACUCCAUUUUUUAUCGUGAUAAAGU